AUGGAAUUCAGUCGUCAGUCACUCUCCACUGGUUGGAGUUUCCGCGAUCGCGAUGCCGACGAGUGGAUGCCCGCCUCUACGGUGCCUUCGGUGGUCCAGCAGGAUCUCAUUGCCAAUAACAAGUUGGAAGAUCCAUUCAUCGGUUUCAACGAGCUGAAAGCUCGUUGGGUCAAUGACAAGUCUUGGGUAUACCGCAAUACUUUCCAACGUCCACACGUGCCCGAGGGCGCCGCAGUGGACUUGGUCUUCGAUGGUCUGGACACCUUUGCUACAGUCAAGCUCGACGGCGAAGUCAUCCUACAGAGUGAUAACAUGUUCUUGGGUCACCGCGUCAAUGUGACCAAGGCAUUGGCGGCAGAAGGUGAUCACACGAUUGAGAUCGAAUUCGACUGUGCGCUGCUCAAGGCACGCGAGCUACGAGCUCAAGACCCAAACCACAAAUGGGUCGGAUUCAACGGAGAUCAAUCACGUCUGGCGGCUCGCAAGGCACAAUACCACUGGGGUUGGGAUUGGGGUCCGGUGCUGAUGACUGCGGGUAUUUGGCGUCCAGUGACACUUGAAGUGUAUACAGCUCGGGUAGUCGACCUUUGGCCUCAAACGCAGCUGGCUGCGGACCAUCAAUCGGCCGAGGUGACUGCUACCGCCAAGUUUGACACGGUUUCCGGGGGUGAAUAUACAGCUCGCUUCAGUCUCAGCUUAAACGGAAAUGAGAUCGCUACCCAGGAUGUUCCCGUAUCCGCCGAAAACCAAGCAGAUGUCACCUUCCGUGUCAACCGUCCAGAGCUUUGGUGGCCUCAUGGAUAUGGAAGUCAGACAUUGUACGAUAUCUCCGUGUCACUGCACCGCGGCGACGCACCGGUUGUGCAGAAAUCCAAGAAAUUCGGUAUUAGAACGGCCGAGGUCAUUCAACAGCCGGACAAGCACGGCAAAUCUUUCUACUUCCGAGUCAAUGGGAUGGAUGUCUUCUGUGGUGGCUCGUGCUGGAUUCCAGCGGACAGUCUCUUGACCAACGUCACUGCAGAGCGCUACCGCAAGUGGAUUGAGUUGAUGGUUGAGGGUCGACAGCUCAUGAUUCGCGUCUGGGGUGGCGGUAUUUACGAGGACGAUGCAUUCUACGAGGCAUGUGACGAGCUCGGUGUGUUGGUCUGGCAGGACUUCAUGUUCGGCUGUGGAAACUACCCGACAUGGCCCACGAUACUCGAGUCGAUCCGUCAAGAGACAGUCUACAACGUCCAGCGUCUGCGACACCAUCCAUCAAUCGUCAUCUGGGUCGGCAACAACGAGGACUACCAGGUGCAAGAGUCAGAAGGCUUGACCUAUAACUAUGAGGAUAAGGAUCCAGAGAGCUGGCUGAAGACAGAUUUCCCCGCUCGUUACAUCUACGAGAAGCUGCUUCCAGAAGUUGUCGCUGAGCAUUCGCCAAGCACCUUCUACCACCCCGGAAGCCCUUGGGGUGAUGGCAAGAAGUCAUUUGAUUCUACAGUUGGUGAUAUGCACCAGUGGAAUGUAUGGCACGGCACUCAGGAGAAGUAUCAAAUCUUUGAUACGCUCGGCGGUCGUUUCAACAGCGAGUUUGGUAUGGAGGCUUUCCCACACAUGUCCACCAUCGAACACUUUGUCGAAGAUCCAAAGGACCUGUUCCCACAGUCUCAUGUGAUCGACUUCCACAACAAGGCCGACGGGCACGAGAGGCGACUGGCUACGUACCUAGUGGAGAACCUGCGGACAGCCACUGACCUCGAGACUUACAUCUACUUGACUCAAGUAGUUCAAGCCGAGACCAUGAUGUUCGGCUACAGAGGCUGGCGCCGCCAAUGGGGCGAUGAGAGACACUGUGGUGGAGCCCUUCUGUGGCAGCUAAACGACUGCUGGCCCACCAUCUCCUGGGCCAUCGUCGAUUACUUCCUAAACCCCAAGCCCGCCUACUACGCAGUCAAGCGAGUCCUCAACCCCAUCGCCGUGGGAGUGCGCCGAGAGCACCAUGAUUGGAGUGUCGCUCACGCACAGCCGCCACGCACCAGCAAGUACGAGCUGUGGAUCUCCAGCAACAAGCCAGACACCGUUCGCGGCAGUGUUGAACUGCGAUUCCUAUCCGUCAACACAGGCCGCGACAUCCGUACGCCGAUCGUGCGCGAGGAUAUCACCAUCGCCGCCAACGGCACCACCAACAUCAUCACCGACGGUCUGAUCGAUCACAUCGCCGAGCCAGAGCCACACGUCCUAGCCGCCCGUCUCUGGGUCGACCACAAGGUCGUUGCACGAGACGUCGACUGGCCCCAGCCAUUCAAGUAUCUCGAUCUAUCCGACCGGGGUCUCGACGUGCAAUUGAAGCGCGGAUCUUCCGGACAAGCCACCCUCGUGCUGAACACUCGUAAGCCCGUCAAGUGUCUCGUCGUCGAGGAGCAAGAGGGCGUCAGACUGAGCGAUAACGCUAUCGACAUCGUACCGGGUGAUGAACAAACCGUGGAUGUCACUGGACUAGGUGACCGACCACUGAAGUAUCGGUUCCUAGGACAGGAAUCGUGCGCAUUGCUCCAGUAA